AUGACCCUACAGCCUAAGGCUACCAAGACUGGUAAAAAGCCCGCUCCUUCGCCCUACUCGAAGGGCAACGCCAACAAGGCUCCCUCGAACCCUCUGUUCGAGAAGCGCAGCCGCAGCUUCGGUAUCGGCCAGGACAUCCAGCCUCCGCGUGACCUGACCCGCUUCGUGAAGUGGCCGGAGUACGUUCGUCUGCAGCGCCAGCGUGUCAUUCUCCAGCAGCGCCUUAAGGUGCCGCCGGCGAUUGCUCAGUUCUCGAACACUCUUGACAAGAACACCGCCACGGCCCUGUUCAAGCUCAUGAACAAGUACCGCCCUGAGUCGAAGCAGGAGAAGAAGGCCCGUCUCGACGCUGUCGCCAAGGAGGUGGCUGCCGGUAACAAGGUCGACCCGAAGGCCGACGGCAAGAAGCCGCUCUUCGUGAAGUACGGUCUCAACCACUGUGUUGCUCUCAUUGAGGCCAAGAAGGCCAACCUCGUCGUCAUUGCCGACGAUGUUGACCCGAUUGAGCUGGUCGUCUUCAUCCCGGCUCUCUGCCGCAAGAUGGGCAUUCCCUACGUGAUCGUCAAGUCGAGCUCGCGUCUCGGUGCCGUUGUGCACCUCAAGCGCACUGCCAUCGCUGUGAUCCAGGACGUGCGUUCUGAGGACGAGCGUGAGCUCGCCGACCUCGUGUCGGCUGCCAAGGCUAACUACCUUGACAAGUACGACGAGGCCCGCCGUCACUGGGGUGGUGGUGUCCGCGGCAACAAGUCGGCGGAGAAGCUCCGCAAGCGUGCCAAGGCCGCUGGUCAGGCUGCUGCGGCUAUCGCUGCUGCUGCCGACUCGCUUUAA